AACCUUCCAUUUUCUGUGGAAAACAAAUGGCGAUUACUCGCCCUAAUGUGUGGAUUCUUUGGAAGUGGAUUUGUCGCCCCUUUUCUUAUAGUCAGACACCAGCUUCUUAAGAAAUGA